GGACUCAUGACACGGAUGGAUUCAGAUCUUCAGUGUAAAGCCCUGUAUGGGGUGUGUGCGCGCGCGCGCGCGCGUUUUCUGGGAAUACAGCGGCGUUCGGUCAAUCACAUUAACGCGGCUCGGGUUUUAUCAUUUAGAUUGUUACAAAUGGAACGUCAGCCAUGAAUUAUUUGACGCGCUCCGCCUUUGUGUUUUCCACAUACUGUGAGAAAUAAAAGGGAUCCUGGAUGGACCUGGGCGAUAACGGCUGGUCCAUGGUCAAGCGCGAAGUGUCCAGCAGCAGCCCGGGGUCUCCGGCCGAGCAGAGCUACCUGAACGCUGACCGCAGGGACCGGCUGAGGUCGCCGGCGCCGACGCACCUGGACGCGGUGGGAACGCGUCGCGCCGAGGGCAGGCCCCUACACUCCUACGUCCACUUCGGGCAUCCCAACAACGCCCUGCCCAAUUCUGACGACGUUACACUAUUCACGGAUUUAGACCAGGGCAACAAACUCAUCAUCUCAGGCGGGCACGCCAGGGAGACGCAUAAAGGAGGCUUAAUUGUGGACCCUACCGACAUGUAUCAGACCCUGGCCAUCGCCGCGGCUCAGAGUCAGGCCGGUUAUAACGACGCGCCGUCGGCCGGUUACAUGCACUCCAACCCCAAUUCUCCCGUUUAUGUGCCGACGUCUCGCGUUGGAACGAUGAUACCGAGUUUAUCGUACCUGCAACCCAGCGUGUCGUCGCAGCCGAGCCACGCGGUGAGCAGUCAUUCGGUGUGGUCACAGUCCGCCCCGGAGAGCCCGUCCUACAGCACUGGAAGCCCGCACACCUCCAACCGUUUCCACUACUCCCCCAGCCCGCCUAUGAAUAACGGCACAUCGAGGGAUGCCAGCUAUACUAAUCCCCUGAAUGUAAACGGUCGAGACCAGUACCUUUCCCGGCCGAUAAGUGGAUCUUACACAAGCCCGUAUCCUCCGUACGUUGCGCCGCAGCUAUCACAGUUACCGGCGGCGUGGCCCGCGGGGCCCUUCGAGAACUCCAUGCUGCACUCCCUGCAGUCCAGAAGCGCGCCGCUGUCCAUCAGGGGACCGAACGGAGAUCUGCUGGAGGACAUGGUGGAGAGCCGCGAGUGCGUCAACUGCGGCUCCAUUUCCACCCCGCUGUGGAGACGCGACGGCACGGGCCACUUUCUCUGUAACGCCUGCGGUCUGUACAGCAAAAUGAAUGGACUCAGCCGACCAUUAAUUAAACCCCAGAAGCGCAUGUCGUCUUCAAGGCGCAUUGGCCUGUCGUGCGCGAACUGCCAGACCAGCACUACAACACUGUGGCGCAGGAACGCGGACGGAGAACCUGUGUGCAACGCGUGCGGACUCUACACAAAACUACACGGGGUGCCCAGGCCCCUUGCCAUGAAGAAAGAAGGUAUCCAGACAAGGAAAAGAAAACCAAAAACCUUGAACAAAACAAAGGGAUCGUCUGGAAGCAGUUCUGUCCCCAUGACUCCAACUUCUUCAUCAUCUUCUAAUUCUGAGGAGUGCACAAAGAACAGUCCUUCAUCAACGCAGGUGCCUGUAACAUCAGUCAACUCUUCGGCGCUGGUGGGCCAGGUGGACGUUCCGGGCACGACGGGCUCCAUGGUGAAAUACCCCGGCCAGGAGAGUCUGUACACGAAUGUAGGCCUGACGUCCACAGCUGACGUGGCGACCUCCGUGAGAGGGGACACUUGGUGCCCCUUGGCCUUGGCCUAAACCCUGGCACCACGGGCUGGGAGCCAUUUGCUGUCCUUCAGCUCUCCAGAACGUCCCCUUAAAAUCCGGCAGGGUGCGGGGUGUCAUCUGUUUUCGGCCUGUGUCGCUGAUCUCGAGCAGAGGCUUCAUCCGUUCCAAAUACUCCAGUUUUUCUUUUUACCCGUGGAAUACCGGACAUCCACGAUGGGAGAUUAUCUUUGCUACUCUGCACUAGAGGACGACACUUAAAAAGCGUCUGCUUGGUACUUUCAGAGCGCACCCUGCACCGCGAAUGUUUGCUCGGACGAGUAAGUGGAUCAAAAAUUAUUUGUUUUGAAAGUAAAGUUGUACAUAUUAAUGCUAACGGAUACUUGGCCCACCUGGAAAGACGAGGUUGUUGAUUGGAUUGUGGUGAUCUGAAGGGAAAACGGUUGAUCUGUCUGAAACUGGAAUUGAAGAUAAAGUGUCAAGGUGUUCUUACCGAUGAAUGCGAACAUAUUUAUGAAGCUAUGGUUGUUCAAAUAAUGCAUAUAUUUGUCAAUAAAGAUAAUGUCAAAUAGAGUAGGACUGAAGCCUUGCCUUUCCUUUGAUAUCUUUUGUUUUUCGAGCUUGAUGCUGUUGCAGUGGAUGUUGCUCACUAAUCUGCACACCUUCUAUGUGAAACUUAAAAGAAAACGAGAAAAAAAAAAGCUCUUAGAAGACUGUUUUGUGAUGGUUUAACACAGGGUAUCAAAGGAGCUCACGCGAGACUUGUAGCGUUUUGUUCGAUUACGCAUUUUCCUAGAGAUCACUAUCAAAUGAAAACGGUCUAAUCAAAGUUCAUAGUAAAAAAAAAAAAAAUGUGUUUCGAACCUAUGUGGAGAAAUCCAGCUGGAGUAAAUCAUCAGCGAAGCAUAAGUUAGAACAAACGGCACUCAGGAUUUCGUUUCUGAUACAUUUUUUUUGUUACAAUACAAUCUCAGAAAUAAAGGUACAAAAGCUGAGGCUGUACUUUUGUACCUAUUAGGUUCAAAAUGGACCUUUUAGGUGCAAACCUUGCUUUUGAAAAGGUACCGCCCCGGUGACAGCUUUUGUACCUUUAUAUCUGAGAGUGUACAAAACUGCAAAAAAAAAAAGUUUUGCUGCAAUGAUUUUAGAUGUAAUACUACCUAACGUAUGACAUUGAUGUGUGAGUAUCAGUGCAUAUUGCUGUUUGUUAUUGUUUUUUUUUUUUUACUUUCAUCGUGAUACAACUCUGUGGUCGCUAUACUUUAACUGAUGAAGGGACAAUGUCAAAUCUGCAUCUCGCUUUCACGAUUUGUUGAAUGUUUUAGAGAAAGUGUUGUGUGCCAGAAUCAAUCAGCAGUGAAAGUUUCUUGUGAGUUACCAUCUAAAUCGCAAACGGUAAUUAAUGAGCUAUCUAAAGAGUUUAAUUCGCUGAUGAAAGAGUCAGUCUCGAGUGGUUUUGGUGUCCGUGAUUUAUUGCCUCUGAUCUGUUAAACAGUUACCCAACUACAAGUUUCCCAUGUAAACAUCUUAUGGCUUUGAAACUGGGGAUUAAACGAGCACCAGAAGAGCCUUCUUCAAAUGAUUACUCCUUAGAGCAGCCAUUCAGUGACGUUUUUGGACAAGCUUUUCGUGUCCUAGAGACAACGUGUGAACAACGCAAGAAACGUUUUGCUAUCAUUGUGAUUCUCCACCCUUGUAACCUCUACAAUUAUUUAUUUCUGCAAUGUAGUGUGUUUGGUAUUCGUUUAUUUUAUUUGAAUUAACGUAUUUGUAUUUUCCGGAUGUUUUUGAUGGGCGUAAUUUCAGUUCCAAAUUAUUUUGAUCGCCGCCGCCUGGGUUAAACAGAUUCAUUUGUUAUGGUUUUAUCUGGAAAUCGUUCAAAUUACAUGUUGAAUUGCAAAGUGUGUUUUCCUUCUUUUUUGUAGAUUUUAAGGUUCCGACAUUACAUUUCUUACGAAAGGUUCUUCGUACUCGUCCUGACUGGAACCACAUCAUUUGUACUUAUGAUAAUUUAGUCAAAAUUAAGACAAUCAUAAAGCCGAUUUUGAUGGUAAAAAUGUUCUUAAACCAUUGACUCUCCCUGUUGUUUUCCAGUGAACGGAGUAUUAAAAAGGAUGUCAUUGUACUUUUUUAAAUUUUUAUUUUUUAUUUCAAAUUCAAUUCAAUAACACUGGAGCAAUAAAUAAGAGCCAUGUCUAAA